AUAUCAAAAGGAGAGUUACCGAGGUCGAAUUGUAGGAAAUCUCGAGUCCUGGUCAAACGAAGGCAAAAUGCCGACAGACUAUGAGAAAGGAGCAUAUCCGGAGCCUCCGCGGCAGACUCCGGUUGUGGACAAACAGACGGCGCUGCCAAACCCGGCCGUGAUUCUGUCUCAACUCUUCUACUACUCCGUGGACCUGCCUGUCACCAAAUUUCGAGAUGCUAUCGACAGUAUUCGGGCCAACAACAAGCCGGUGUACUAUCACCAGAAGUUCCGCCGUGUCCCUGACCUGACGACUUGCGAGGAGGGAGAUUACCUCUGCUACUAUGAGGCGGAGAUGCAGUGGAGGAGAGACUAUAAAGUGGACCAGGAGAUUUUGAAGGUGGUCCAGGAGCGUAUGAGGGCCUGCCAGCAGAGAGAAGGAGCCAGCUACCAGCAGAACUGUGCCAAUGAACUCCAGCAGUUCGACGAGGUGGCCCACAGCUACCAGUCACGCUAUGGAGACCUGGGAGCAUACGCCAGCGGGAGGAAAUGUCUAAUGAAGCAAAAGGAGCGGAUGAAGGCUCAAAGUGCUUAAGUUACCUACUAUAUGUCCCAUGUAAUAAUUGUAAAAUAAAAUGUAUGUGAUAAUC